UUAAAUAUUAAACUAGAGAUUAGAGAAACUUGGCAGUUGAUAUUUGGUGGCUCAUCUGUUUCUGGUUGAAGUGUUUGUGCAGCAUGGCCAUGGUAGGCGGAACCAUGAUGGCUGCGUAUUUGCGUGUAUCCAUGCCCACUUCCCCACAGUCCCCCACCACUACGAGGAGGAGAUGCAGAAAUCUGAAAACUUCUUGCUCCGUUAACAGACCCAAAAUUCCAAUGCCCCCUCUCAACCCUAAAGACCCCUUUCUCUCCAAGCUCGCUUCCGUCGCUGCUUCUUCCCCUGAAACGCUCCUCAACACUCCCAAAAACUCCGACACCCUUCCUUAUCUCGACAUCUUCGACUCCCCCAAACUCAUGGCAACUCCCGCUCAAGUUGAAAGGUCUGUUUCAUACAACGAACACCGGCCCAGAAGGCCGCCACCUGACCUGCCUUCGCUGCUUCUCCAUGGUAGAAUUGUUUACAUUGGCAUGCCUUUGGUGCCAGCUGUCACGGAGCUUGUCGUUGCAGAAUUGAUGUACUUGCAGUAUAUGGAUCCUAAAGAGCCAAUCUAUAUUUACAUAAAUUCCACUGGGACUACGCGAGAUGAUGGUGAAACGGUAGGCAUGGAGACAGAAGGUUUUGCCAUUUAUGAUGCAAUGAUGCAGUUGAAAAAUGAGAUACACACAGUGGCGGUUGGAUCUGCUAUAGGUCAAGCCUGUUUGCUACUUUCAGCAGGGUCUCCGGGUAAACGCUUUAUGAUGCCACAUGCUAAAGCCAUGAUUCAGCAGCCUCGUAUUCCUUCCUCUGGGUUGAUGCCUGCAAGUGAUGUUCUUAUUCGUGCAAAGGAGGUGAUAAUUAACCGGGACAAUCUGGUUAAACUACUGGCCAAACACACGGGAAAUUCAGAGGAAACAGUUGCUAAUGUGAUGAAGAGACCAUAUUAUAUGGAUGCAACAAGGGCUAAGGAAUUUGGGGUCAUUGAUAGAAUUCUUUGGCGUGGUCAGGAAAAGGUUAUGGCAGAUGUUGCUUCUCCAGAUGACUGGGACAAGGGUGCUGGUAUCAAAAUUGUAGAUGGAUUCUAGUUCCUCUUUUGUGGAUACGUUUCUUGUCAAUGUCACAUGUUUCGGUAGGAUUUGUUUUCAUGGUCUACGGGUCCGGAAAUGUUCCACAGCUAUUCUUCAUAGAACACUGACCCGUAGUUACCCAAGUGCCCAGGAGACAGAGGAGUUGAUGGACGUUUUACUAAGAAUGUCCCGAAAAAAGAAAAGAAAAGAAAAAGAAAUAGUGAUUGUUCAUCCAUGUAAUCAUAUACAGUGAUUGGUUCUGACUAUUAGUUAGUCAUUGGCUGCCUACCCGAAUUUUACACAGGGACUGUGAUUGGCGUUUAUCAUUACACAAUUAAAUAGAGUACAUAAUUUGUAAUCUUUUUGUUUCUAUAUCAUUCGAUCAGAGAUGAACCAAAAGAAACAUCUUUGCAAAUCACGUACCACUCUUCUCUUUCAAUUUAAUUUAAUUGUAGCGUAGCAUUUCUUUA